AGCCGGAGAAAAAAUUUGCGCGAGCAGGGCAAAUAUGGCGGGAAAAUUUGGCGCCAUCUAUUCCCGCGCCGCCGCCUUCCUAUUUAGCCCCCGCCCCCGCCAUCUCCACCGCCGCCUCCUCCUCCCUUCAACACCAACUCCUUCCCGAUUCCUCCCCCUGUCGCACCACCUGCGCCCAAAACCCACCUCGACCAUCGCCAUGGCCGCUUCCAACGGCGCCGCAGCCGCCGACUCCGUCCACGAGCCUCCCCAGAAGAUCUCCAAGAUCGCGCCGCUGUUCAAGGUCAAGAAGCUCUCCGACAAGGCCGUCCUGCCGUCCCGAGGCUCCGCCCACGCCGCCGGCUACGACCUCUCGAGUGCGGUGGAGACGGUCGUGCCGGCCCGGGGGAAGGCGCUGGUUCCCACGGACCUCAGCAUAGCCAUCCCGGAGGGCACCUACGCGCGCAUCGCGCCGAGGUCCGGUCUGGCGCUGAAGCAUUCCAUCGACGUUGGUGCCGGCGUGAUCGACGCGGACUACCGCGGCCCCGUGGGAGUCAUCCUCUUCAACCACUCGGACACUGACUUCGCCGUGAAGCCUGGCGACCGGAUCGCGCAGAUGAUCAUCCAGGUGAUCGUGACGCCGGAGGUCGCGGAGGUGGAGGACCUUGACGCCACCGUGCGCGGCAAGGGAGGGUUCGGAUCCACCGGCGUCUGAACAACCGUGAUGGUUCGCUCGGAGGGAUGGUCGCUUAGUCUUUAAAUUAGGAUGGCGAUGAAGCAUUUGCGUCUUUUGAUGGCCGCUGUAAGCGCUCGUUAUGUUAGAUGGAACUAUCCAAUUAACAUGUCAAGAAGUGUUAGGUUGCGUUGGUAACUAAAUGCAUGAAACGUUAACAACUUUAGAUGGUUAUCUGA